UAAGUGCGAGCGCGCAUGCUCAGUACUGCCUUUGUGUGGCUGAAUGCAGAGCGAACUCGCUCGGCACUAGCAGCCGCGGCUAGCCUCACAGACGCCACAGAGGUAGCUCGCAGGUUAGCCGCGCAGCUAAUCAUGGUGAAUAUAAAGAAGCGGAAAGGUCGAGUCGUGAUUGACUCUGACUCCGAGGACAGUGCUAGCGACGAUAAUUUAGAUCAGGAGCUCUUGUCUUUGGCAAAGAGGAAGAGGGUGGAUUCUGGUGAUCAGGAAGAGCCGGUCAGCAAACCUGCAGCAUCUACGGACUCCGAGACGUCCGAUAGUGACGAUGAGUGGACUGUGGGUGGCACCAAAGGCAAAAAGAAGGUUAAGCCUGGGAAAGGUUCUGAGAAGAAGAAUGCAACAAAGAAGAAGGUUAAUAAAGCAACGGCGUCGGGCAGCUCAAAUGGAAACAGCUCAGCUGAGAGCUCUGCGCCAGAGGAGGGUGAGGUGUCUGAUUCCGAGAGCAACAGCUCGUCCUCCAGCUCCGACUCGGACUCCUCCGAAGACGAGGUGUUCAGGGACGGUUACGACGACGACUUGAUGGGAGACUCGGAGGACAGAGCUCGCCUGGAGCAGAUGACCGAGAAGGAGAGAGAGCAAGAGCUGUUCAACAGAAUUGAGAAGAGAGAGGUGCUAAAGAGACGUUUUGAAAUCAAGAAAAAGCUGAAGACGGCAAAGAAGAAGGACAAAGAGGAGAAGAAAAAGAAGCAGGAGGAAGAGCAAGAAAAGAGGAAGCUCUCUCAGGUCCAAGACAUGCAAGUGGUGAUGUCACACAACAAAGAGAGACGAUCCAAACGCGACGAAAAACUUGACAAAAAGUCCCAGGCCAUGGAAGAGCUCAAGGCCGAGCGCGAGAAGAAGAAGAACAAAACAGCCGAACUGUUGUCCAAGCGCCAGCCCCUGAAGACCAGCGAGGUUUACUCCGACGACGAGGAGGAAGAGGAGGAAGACGACGACAAAUCGUCAAUCAAGAGCGAUCGGAGUUCCCGUUCAUCGUCUUACGAUGACGACGAUAAAGACGAUACUCCACCAAAGUCGCAGCCGGUUUCACUGCCGGAUGAGCUCAACCGGGUCCGACUGUCCAGACACAAGCUGGAGCGCUGGUGCCACAUGCCCUUCUUUGCUAAGACUGUGACCGGCUGCUUUGUGAGGAUAGGGAUUGGCAACAGCAGCAGCAAACCAGUUUAUAGGAUUGCUGAAAUUAUGGACGUGGUAGAGACGGCGAAGGUUUACCAACUUGGAACAUCGAGAACAAACAAGGGAUUACAAUUAAGGCAUGGCGGGGACACGCGGGUGUUCCGGCUUGAGUUUGUAUCGAAUCAGGAGUUUCUGGAAAGCGAGUUUAUGAAGUGGAAAGAUGCGAUGAUUGUCGCUGGAAUGCAAGUACCGACUCUGGACGAGAUCACCAAAAAGGAGCAGUCCAUCAAAGAAGCUAUGAACCAUAAGUUCAACGACAAAGACAUAGAAGAUAUUGUAAAAGAGAAGGACCGAUUCCGAAAAGCGCCGGCGAAUUAUGCCAUGAAGAAAACGCAGUUACUCAAAGAUAAGGCCAUGGCAGAAGAGGUUGGAGAUAAUGAAAAGGUGAAAAAGAUCCAGGACGAGAUGAAAGAGCUGGAGGAAAGAGCGGAGGCCCUGGACAGACAAAGGACCAAGAGCAUCUCCGCCAUCAGCUACAUCAAUCAGAGGAACAGAAGCUGGAACAUUGUUGAAUCUGAGAAAGCUCUGGUGGCUGAAGGACUAAAUGCCAAAAACCAACAAAUGGACCCUUUCACACGACGACAGUGCAAACCGACCAUGGUGUCUAAUUCCCGAGACCCUUCGGUCCACGCAGCUAUUCUGGCCCACCUGAACCAGAAGUACGGCUCUGGGUCAGCAGACGAAAUUUGUGACGACAUAAACAAACUGGGGCAACCAAACUCAAAAGACAAGGACGGCCCCAAGCCGGACACAGACCUCUCGGAGGACUUGUUUAAAGUUCACGAUUUUGACGUUAAGAUUGACCUCCAGGUUCCCAAUGCAGAGACGAAAUCUCUGUCCGUGAGCUCCAACGCGCUGCCGGCGAAGGACGGAGCUCCCCGGAGGUCCCUCAACCUGGAGGACUACAAGAAGAGGAGGGGUCUGAUCUGAUGUGGUAGUCCAUCGUUCAGUCACCACAUUGCAUGUGUAAUUGGCUGCACAAGAGAGAGGGGGAGGGAGGGAGAGAGAGAGUGUAUGUGUGUGUGUGUGUGUUUGUGUAUAUGUGUGUGGCUGAGGGAGAGAGUGGGCGUGUGAUUGACUCCAAGGACGUAUGUUUGAAUGUUGAUACAGACUGUUUAUCUGAACACAGAGGAAAUACUGAUUGAGCGAAGAUAACAUUUUUCUCAAAGGAUCUCUCUCGGAGGAAACUUGUCCAGAUAUUUGUUGUUUUGUUAUUUUUGCAUUAUCGCACACAAACUUGUAUAUUGAGUUGUGUUUUUCUUUUCUUUUUUUAAUGUAUUUAACUUUUUUUGGGAUCUUCUGGCUCCCACUCCAUUUUUCAGAGGUUUUUUUUGUCUCUUUUUUUCUUCUCUGAAUGGACACAGCGCCUGUGGAUUAUGACCUUGAACAAAUACACUAUGUUAGAAGACUUAGAUUGUUGAGGUAUUUUGAAAUUACUGGACUGGAUAUCUAAUGAUCCUCAACAAUAAAUUACUGUCCAAAAUCUUUUCCUCACUAUAUGUGUGAUCAUCUGCUCUGCCCUUCCAUCCUGAACAGCCUUGUGGGAUUUUGUUUUUUUCGCGGAGUGUAGAUGAUCACCUUCUUUGACUCGACCGUGUCUCUGGCCUGCCGAGACAAAUGUGAACAGUUCUGGACAUUUAUCACUUUUUAAGUCUUUGAAACUACUCAAUUUCAGAGGAACCCUUUUUAUAUGACUGGUUAUAAAAGUGUUGCUUCAUUUCUGUUUUCUCUUUGUUGGUUGUUCAUGGGAUAACUUUCCCUGCCCAUAACUCCCAGAGCUGAUUCUAUGUGUUCUCGAUUGUGUCCAUAAGUCAGUUCCUGUAUUGAUGUGGCAUGCCAUGUAAAUAUGCAUUUUGGAGUGAGUGCGGAAAAAAACAAUAAAGAGGCACUGUUUCAUAA